CAGUCGCAUUACGCUCCAUCGCCGAAGCGCCAGGUUCCUCUCGCUCGCUCUCCCGAGGGAUGCUGUAGUCGCCUUGGUGGGGACCUCGAUGCGAUAGGGGUUGCUCCGCCCGUGAACCAACCAGAGGUCCCGUUGGAGGUGACCCGCCACACCCCGUGUAUCGUCCCUGGGAUCCCGAGAGAACCCUCGUCGUGCCAUCCUCUUCUCAACAGAUUUUGGAUCCUCUAGUUCGCCAAGGGCCAGCUGACACGGAGCAGCGCUCUUUCCGUUGUGUCCGUCUCUUCCCUACCUACCUAUUACAGAGCCCGCUCUGGAAAGGCUCAGGCGCUACCCCCCCGGCGCGCGAUCAUAUCUACCCCCUUGGAGGUAGACCCGGGGUACUCGAAUCCCAGUCGCGACCGCGUUCUUAGUCGACCCGACCGAUCGAUCGCUCGAUCAUGAAAACAUUCGGCCCGAAUUCCCGCCGACCUCGUCGUUGGUCAUUUUUCGUGAUGUUGACGUGAUCUCGUGAGAGGAAAACUUCUUGUGAUGCUGAUGUGCCGGGAGUGAUCCGUAUCCUCCAAAGUCUCUCCGAACCCAGAGUCAUUUGGAGGAUCCAGGAUUUCGGAUUCGAGGCGAGUCACGCCGAUGAACGAUCUGGAUCUGUUCCGUUCUAUCGUGGAUUGCAAGAUGAAUAACGGAAGCAGCGACGAGGGAGAGUUGACAUCGGGCGCGACAGGCGGGGGUGGCAGCAACGAGAGCGCAGAAAUGGAGGAGAACGGAUCGACUCGCACGAGCAGCAACAGCAACAAUAACAAUCCGGUUUACAGAGAUCCGAGAACCCUUCAGGCGCACGAAGUGUCGCAGGAUUACAAUCAGCAAUCGAGGACCGCUUAUCAACAGCGCGGUUACUCGCCAGGGAUGGACCGACAACGUAAUUACGAGAAGGAACAUCAAUCGUUGACAUCUUCCAGAGAGGAGGAGAGAAAGUUGUCCUGGGACUAUAGCGAGAAGAACGCGCGGAAGGAAUAUUCGAGAUCGCGGGACCACAGCAACGAGUACCAGGACAUGAAGCAGGAGAUAAAGCAGGAGAUGAAGCAGGAAUCUAAAGAUCACUCGAGUCGCGAAUGGGUGUCACCGAUUCCGGAGGUCGAGGUCGGUGGCUCGGCACCGGGUGGCCCGUAUGUUCGCGCACGCAAAGACAUCCCCCGCGGCGCGAGAUUCGGCCCGUACCUCGGCAAAUGGGCAGGCGAGCCCUUCAACCCCCGUUACGCGUGGGAGAUUUGCAUAGCAGGCAGCGGAGUAAGAGGCUGGCUGGACGCAUCUCACGAGACGAAUAAUUGGCUGAAGUACAUUCGAAGUACUGCUAGUCCACAUGCGGUAAACAUGCGUUAUGUGCUCAACGGCGGUCAGAUGGUGUAUGAAGCCAUUCGCGAUAUCAUAACGGGUGAAGAACUUCUUCUGGGUCUUCGAGAGCCGCUUCAGCUGCAGGACAUGCUAGGUGAAAAUACAACUGAAGACAGAAGCGAUCGAGAGACUGCUUCGCAGCACAGCGGAACCAUCGACGAGGACAAAGAGGACGAGGAGGAGAGUGAAACGAGAUGCACUGUUUGCGACAAACCGUUCCAAGAUAUUGAACUAUUGGACAGCCACUUGGUGACCUGUCACAGAUAUCCAGCGGAGCAACACCGUUGCGACAGCUGCCCUCGUGCUUAUGCUUGGCGGCCGCUUCUGGUACGGCAUCGCGCAAUCGUUCACGGCGAUCUCAGAAAUUAUCCUUGCGAGAAUUGCCCGAAGUCGAAUAUCCGGCAGGUCUUCACGGACCCGUCGAACCUACAGCGCCAUAUCAGAACUCAUCACGUGGGUGCCAGGAGCCACGCUUGCACAGAGUGCGGCAAGACCUUCGCGACCAGUUCCGGUCUGAAGCAACAUACUCACAUCCACAGCAGCGUAAAGCCCUUUCAGUGCGAGGUCUGCUUCAAGGCGUACACACAGUUCUCGAAUUUAUGCCGGCACAAGCGCAUGCACGCCGACUGUCGCAUGCAGAUCAAAUGCGUUAAAUGCGGACAGUCCUUCAGCACAGUAACAUCGUUAUCGAAGCAUAAGCGAUUUUGCGACUCCACCGCUCCGACCGGCCCACCAGGAACUAUGCCGCAGUUACCAACGCCAACGACGAAUCCCUUCCUGGUGUAUCCACGACCUCCCGUGAGUCUGCCAGGUGGUUUGCCCUUUUAUCCACCUAGUCUGAUGGGUCCUUAUCCGGGAAUCUUUCCAAACGCACCGAAUUUCCUGAAUACGCCUCUUCUCUUCCCGCCAAAAAUCGAGGAAGCUGAGAAAAGAAGCGAUAGCCCUUUUCCCAAGAAAGAACGGUUCACUCCCCCAAGAGUGCUGUCACAACACAAUAAAGUAUCUCCUUCUACGGCGGAAGAGGCCACCUCUACCUUCAGGCCGUCUCCAGCUAGACCUCCGAUUCUGCAGACUCCGGAAAGCGACGACGACCUGUCCAAGAAGAGAGAAGCAGCUAGAAACAACGAGCGAAAAAUAAAAACCGAGAGUGCGUCGAACGUCUUGAAGGAAGAAACGACAGAACAGCCGUUGGAUUUAAGGGUGCAGACCAAGAAGCAAGACAUCACUUUGAAAGUCAACAGAAAGAGUCGCACCCCAUCGCCGGCGCCGGUGCCGAAAGAGGAGGCACCAGCAUCUCCUGAUCCUCCGAAACCGGAAGAGGACGCAGCCAUUCCGCAACCAAUGGAAGUCGAUCCCAAGGAAAUUCCCAACAGUCCCCAACAAUUGAGGACCAGUCUGCCGACCGAACAACCGCCGACCAAUACACCGCCGCAUAUGGCUUAUCCUAGACCGAUACAUCCAAUGUUUCUCGAGACGAUGUAUCGCGGCCCAGGGACCUUUCCGGGAUUUCCCGGCGCACCACCCCCCGGAACAGCCGCUCCGGAAUCUAGACUGAUACCUCCGCUUCCGCCCUUUGGUCCACCGCGGCUUCCUUUUUUAGGCUCGCUUAUGAACGGGCUCAGCGGCGCUAGGCCAGGAAGUGGCUUCGAUUUGCUCGCCCGGCCGCCGCUGAGCGCGUUCCCCGGCGUGAAACCAUUUCAGGAGGCUGUGAUGGCACCUCAUCACCACCACCAUCAUCAUCAUCAUCACGUCCACGGCAAGAUGAAGGACCGGUACUCCUGUAAGUUCUGCGGCAAGGUGUUUCCCCGCUCAGCCAAUCUCACAAGGCACCUGAGGACGCACACCGGGGAGCAGCCGUACAAAUGCAAGUAUUGCGAGCGAUCCUUCAGCAUCUCGAGUAACCUGCAACGGCACGUCCGGAACAUUCAUGACAAGCAACGACCAUUCAAGUGUCCGCUCUGCGAGAGAUGCUUCGGCCAGCAGACCAAUCUGGACCGGCAUCUUAAGAAGCACGAGGCCGACGAUGGUAGCGGCGUGGUUUCGGUCGCCGACUCGCCCGGCAGCAGCAACGAGAAUGAGCGGGAGGACACGUACUUCGACGAGAUUAGAUCCUUCAUGGGCAAGGUCACUUACGGAGGCGAGGGUGGCUAUGGCUUGCCCCAUCACCCGGCCUACAUUCCCAAUAGACUACGGGAGAUAAACGAGAGUAAGAUGGUCGAGUACGACGAAGAUGAAGAUAGCGAGGAGGGUGCAUCUCCGUUAGAAGAGACGGAUGGACUAUCGCCGAUCGAAGCCAAGGAAUCGCCGUCGCCCUCGCAAUACGACUUGAAACUUAGAGAGAAGCAGGAACUGCUCAAUAAUAAUACCGCGGAGCCGGUGAUCGAGAUCUCGACAUAGCCCAGAGGUCGAACCGGAUGAUUUGCGCUUCGAAGGACGGGGAGAGCUCGUUUUCCCUUAACGUACGCAACUGUUUGCGAGUAACCGUUUCAUCUUAAGACUUCCGAUCUUGAUAGUGUUAUUUCGAGAGAUAACACCCCAACGCGCAGGAUUACCCUAGCUUAGAAUGGUCCGCCGUACUUUAAUCUUACAAAAUAUUGAUAACUUGCACUUUUAUGAGACAAACGUAUUUUCAAGUUAUAUAAUCGGGUUAUUCUUCGUGAUACUAUUGUAAAUAUCCAUGAAAGACAGCCGACAGUGAUAAUUACGCGUCAGUAUACUCAUUUCGGAAAAAUCUCCAGAGAAUAUAAUCACAAGAAGAAUUAAAACCACUCCAGUUGUACUUGUAAAACAUGUGCUCUACAAAAAAAAAAAAUGCAAAGAACUCGGCGAAAGAAAUCCCCCGAAGAUAUUGUUAUGCGAUUCUUUUAUACACUCCGCAUUUGUUUGCACUAGGCAUUAUAAAGAACGACAAAUGGACCAGUUAGCGCCCUUUCACACGCACACACACACGCAUAUCAAAAACUCUUCUAUCACCUAGUUUUACAGACUCGUUAUAUGAAUGUAAUACGCGCACGUAAUUAAAUAUUACUCCCCUCCUCUUCCUCAUCUUCGUCUUCGAUUGAAAGAAGCGUGCGGUAUAAUAAGAUUAUUUAUUGCUAUUAUUAACAAAGUUAAUUUAUCGUUAUUAUUACAACGUCGCUCGGCAAAAGGGAUCGUACGUCAUAAGCAUCGAAUGAUCGAAGCGACCCUAUAAAAGUUUCGCAGAUUGUUAAAUUUGCUUGCAAUGUAUCCAUCGUCGAUUGAUAAUUCAAUCACUGAUGUUUGUAGAUCCUAGAUAUAUCUACGUGUGCGCUAUUAUCAACUGAUUUAUUUUUAACAGUGUAUUAUAGUCGCGUUACGUUUAAAACGCGCGGGGGCUCUUCGUGAUUGAAGGAGUCGCGGAAGUUGAACUGUUGUAAAAAUUUUAUUAUAAGACGAUCGCGCUUGUAAUCGCUUCAAUCGGUUCGAAUCUUGAGGAUUUUCGAGAAUUUUAUUCAAACAUAGUUGAAAUAAGAUGAUCGCAAAAGUGACAGAGACAAGUUCCAUUCGAUGCGAGAUCUGUCGGAUGGAAGGAUCUAGGAUCUGCGAAGUGAGAGAAGAGUCUAACACUUUCGCAUCGCGGGAGUGUUCGUGUAUAUUAAAAUUCAUGUACGUUAGUUCGCGAGGUCACAAGGCGAGGAAGACGAAAAAUUGAUGCGACGAAAACGUGUGUAUAAUUAAAUAAUUAGAAGACAACAAGAAAAUCUUAUCGCGAAGUGAACUGUACAAAUUUCUAUUACGUGAUAUAUAUAUAUAUAUAUAUAACAUUUGUAAAGAGACGAGGGAAAAGAUUCUUCUGCGAUUUUUAUUAAUAUAUAAAUAUAAAUAUAAAUAUGAUUCUCUCUAGAGAGGUCUCUUUUUUUUCUAGUACGAUUGGAAGAACGAAGAACGAAGAAUCCACAUAUCGUUCCUCGCGUUUCACUCACCUCAGUAAGCAUAUUUAAGAAACGCGUAUCUUUACCGAUUAAUAACGUGUGUCACCGCGAUUGCGAGAAAGUUGACGUUGAGAUAUUAAAGGAUAGACACAUACACAGCGUAUUACAUGUGUACUAAGUACGCUCGCGAUUAAUAAAAAAUAAUAAUAAUACAAAGGAUAUAUCGUUGCUUUAUCAAGCACCGAGUUGGGGCUUUACUUGUUUUUUUUUCACGUAAAGAUUUUAUGAAUACACAUUCUACAUAUCUCUGUCUCUCUCUCUUUUCCUCUCUCUAUUUCUAUCUCUCUCUCUUUCAUUAUAGAGAAUAAUAAACUUAUGAAGUGAUUAGAGCGUAAAUAUAUUAAACGAAUUACUUAAGAAAAACUAUAUUAUACGGCGCUGUCUAUCUAUACAUAUUGUAUAAAAAACAUUCUGUAACUCUUCUCAUUAUGAUUACUA